UACAAAAAAGAAAAACCUUCUCAAAUCUAUCUAAUGGCUUCAAUAGGGUUAUUUGAAGCACUCAUAGCUUUAUUUUGCUUUCUCAUCUUCUAUUACUUCCUUGGCAAGAAACACUUCAGUUACUUACACAUCAAGAAAACCCUUGAAAGCUACCCUUGGAACUGGCCGGUUCUUGGAAUGCUUCCCGGUGUGCUAUGGAGGCUCCAGCGCAUCUAUGACUGCAGUGUCGAGGUUCUUGAGAACUCCAACUUGACGUUUCAAUUCAAGGGUCCAUGGUUCGUUGGAAUGGAUAUAUUAGCCACAGCUGAUCCAGCUAAUAUUCAUCAUAUAAUGAGCUCAAACUUCUCAAACUACAUCAAAGGUCCUAUAUUCCACGAAAUUUUUGAAGCUUUUGGAGACGGCAUCAUUAAUUCCGACAUGGAGCUAUGGAGGGAUUGGAGGAACGGGUCUCAGAUUAUAUUCAAUCAUCAAAGGUAUCAAAACUUCUCAGCAAGUACAACAAAAAGUAAGCUCAAGGAUGGGCUUGUACCUCUUUUCAGUCACUUUGCAGAUAAAGAGAUGGUUGUGGACUUGCAAGAUGUGUUCCAGAGAUUCAUGUUCGAUGUAACCUUCAUUUUCAUAACCGGGUUUGAUCCUAGAAGUCUCUCCAUUGAAAUGCCAGAGGUUGAGUUUGCCAAAGCUCUUGAUGAUGUGGGAGAUGCGAUUGUGCAUAGGCAUAUUACACCAAGGUUCGUGUGGAAGCUACAAAAAUGGAUUGGUGUCGGAACAGAGAAGAAGAUGAUGGAAGCUCAUGCCACUUUUGAUCGUGUUUGUGAAAAACUUAUAGCAGCGAAGAAAGAAGAACUAAGGUCACAAGUGAUUACUCACAAUACCAAUGGAGAAAGUGAGGAUCUUUUGACAUCCUUCAUAAAGCUUGAUGCAACUAAGUACGAGGUUUUAAACCCUAGUGAUGAUAAGUUCCUUAGAGACUUCACAAUAGGUUUCAUGGCAGCUGGAAGAGAUUCCACGGCCUCUGCACUCACUUGGUUCUUCUGGAAUUUGUCUGAAAACCCUAACGUUUUAACCAAGAUUUUCCAAGAGAUCAACACAUAUCUACCAAGAACCGGAAGUGACCAAGAGAAGUCAGCGUACUUGAACAAGUUGGUGUACUUACAUGGUGCAUUGAGUGAAUCAAUGAGGCUUUACCCACCAAUUCCAUUCCAACGUAAGUCUCCAAUCAAAGAAGAUGUGCUUCCAAGUGGACACAAAGUCAAAUCAAAUAUCAAUAUUAUGAUCCUUAUUUACGCUAUGGGACGAAUGAAAACCGUAUGGGGAGAAGACGCAAUGGAGUUCAAGCCAGAGAGAUGGAUUUCAGAGACAGGAGGGUUGAGACAUGAGCCUUCUUACAAGUUCCUAUCCUUCAAUGCCGGCCCAAGAACAUGUCUCGGUAAGAAUUUAGCUAUGAAUUUGAUGAAGACCGUGGUAGUGGAAAUACUACAAAACUAUGAGAUUAAGGUUGUCAGUGGACAAAAGAUUGAGCCAAAACCUGGUCUCAUUCUUCACAUGAAGUAUGGGCUUAAAGUCACAAUGACUAAGAAAUGUUCCAGCUUUAACUGAAAUGCUCAAGUUAUAACCGGGCCUUGUGGCCUAGUGGUCUAAUAAAUAGGACUACUAGUU